AUGAAGAUAUCACUUUUCCGCAACGAUUAUAAUAAGGAUGUGUCGUACAUAAAAGAAGGGCAGGAUGCUGACAUGGCUUUCUGUGCUAAUUUGAGAAGCAAGGGAAUUAUGAUGUACGUGAGUAACGAAAAGAUUUUAGGACAUCUCGUGAAUCCGGAAACCUUUGACAUCACUCGCACCAACCCCGAUAUAUACCAGGUUAUGGAAAAUAAAAUUGAGUGGGAAGAUCGCUAUCUCAGCCCCGAAUAUGAUUCUAACUUUGUUGAAGGGCGGAAUCACUCCAUGAUUUUUGAGACACCACCCAAGAAGCCCUGCCCUGAUGUCUACUGGUUCCCUAUAGUGUCUGCACGUUUCUGUAAGGAGUGGAUAGAAGUGAUGGAGGCGUUCGGGAAGUGGAGUGACGGUUCUAAUAAUGAUCAACGACUCGAAGGUGGAUAUGAAGCAGUGCCAACAAGGGACAUUCAUAUGAAACAAGUUGGUUUGGACAAACAAUGGUUAUAUAUACUGAAGGAAUAUGUCCGUCCCUUGCAAGAACUUGUGUUUACUGGCUAUUAUCAUAAUCCACCAGUCUCGGUGAUGAACUUCGUGGUCCGCUAUCGGCCCGAUGAGCAGCCGUCACUACGUCCCCAUCACGACUCUUCAACUUACACUAUCAAUAUUGCUCUUAACACUCCACAUGAUGACUACGAAGGAGGUGGGUGUAGGUUCAUCCGGUACAACUGCUCAGUCCGUGACACCAAGAGAGGCUGGAUGCUGAUGCAUCCUGGACGUCUCACCCACUUCCACGAAGGUCUACGCGUCACCGAAGGCACCAGAUACAUCAUGAUCUCCUUCGUUGACCCA